UAUCUUAAUAAAAAUGAUAAUAAUAAAAUUGAAGGUAGAAGAGGAUCCGAAAAUAUUGGAGAGGAACACGCCAACAGAGGGCAAUGGCGGCCGUUACUCCAAUUUCUCUAUUUAUCCUUAGCCCUAAUUAUAAUCCUUCUCACGAAGCUGCAUCCUUUCGCUCUAAAGCUUUUCUGCAGCGAAGUGAUCUGCUUGCUUCUUCACACUCUCUCUUCUGCAUUCAUCCUUCGCUGGUGUUCAGGAGCCGUCUCCUAUUCCGAAUUGCGACGAGUAGGCAGUUCUCCUGCGUAAACUGCUCUGCAGAGAACAAGCCGUCUCCUUCUUCCGAUAUAAGCUCAACAGCCAAGAUAAGAAGUGAAGUACUCUCACCCUUCCGUUCUGUCCGAAUGUUCUUUUAUAUUGCUUUCAUUGCAAGUGGUGCUUUAGGAGGACUAAUCACCAUCACACGAUUAAUUUCUUCUCUUGCGAAUCCAUCAAAAACAUUGCUACUGCCUGAGAUUUUAAAGGAUCUUAGCAUAGAUCUAGGUGCAGUUUUUCUUUUCUAUUUUCUGUACGCGAGGGAGAACGAAGCAAAGAAUGUUCAGUUGGCCAAGCUAUUCAGAGAGGAAAGCCUCUCACAACUUAAGCUACGCAUUGACCAGAAGAAGAUAGUUCCUAUCAAUGAUCUGAGGGGAAUUGCACGCCUAGUCAUCCUUGCUGGCCCUGCUGCAUACAUUAACGAGUCCUUCAAGCUUAGUGAAGCAUUUACUGAGGGCCUUCUUGAACGAGGAGUGUUAGUGGUUCCCUUUGCCACUGAUAAGAGCAAACUUGAAUUUGAAUCAGUAGAUUGUAAAGAGCAGUUUCCUAUUGAUGAAAAAAGGAAGAAGCUCUGGCAGCUGAGGCCUGUUAAUGUUGCAGAAUGGAGCAAUUGGAUAGAUGAACAGAAGAAAUUGGCUACUGUUUCGCUUGAUUCUCCUGUAUAUGUUAUUGCUCAAGGAAAUGAUGCCAAUUGUCAAGUUUUCUUACAUGCUAUGCUGGAGUUUGCUUAUACACGCAUGCGAAAUACUAGAUAUCUCUCACUACGUAUGGAUGGUCGAGUUCGUGGGAGUGGUGUUGGUUAUCCUCCUUGGAAUGCUUUUGUUGCUCAACUACCUCCAGUGAAGGGGCUCUGGUCAGGAAUUCUUGAUGGGAUGGAUGGAAGAGUAUUGUAAGAAUAUGCAUUUAUAUUGUAAGCGGCUUACUGGUUGUGCUCUUUGUUCUCUUGACUUCAGCUGCAUCCUUGUCUUUUAUGUUUGAUCCAUGCUUAGAUUCUACUCAAGUGCUAUCAGCUAGUAGUUUUUCCAUGUUGAGUCCUUUAUUUGAAACCAUUCCAAAACUUAUGUUCUAUGUUCAUAAUAGGAAUCACAGAAGUAUAUGUAGGACUUCUGUUGGAGCGCUGUAGUUCUUAAACUAGGAGAAGAGGUUCAUGGAGUAAUGCCAAAGCCUAAAAGGAACAUAGCAUGAAUAUGAAGCCUAAAGUUAUUUUUGAGAA